CUGCCAAUGUACCGAGUGACAUGGCGUAGACCAUAAAACGGAAUACCAUUUUUCACAGUGAGGUCAGUGAGCGAAUGACGAGUGGACCGUCCCUCACCUUCACCCUACAGUCCCUACACCGUGACAGAGUCGACAUUUUUGUUUUACUCUUCGUUUGUAGUCAGGAAUACAUUCAGCCAAUGUGAUUGUAUUAUAUAGACUUCCAUUCGUUUCCCUUGCAUUGUUUAUGUGCUGAAUCAUUCAAAACAAGUUGUUAUUAUUGUUGUUGUUGUUGUUAUUAUUGUAAUCAAUAUACACGAAUAGAGAUGAUCCAUGAUACCAUCUAGUUUAUAAUAAUUACAGUUGAAUAAUUAGAAAUCACUGUACGUUAAUAGUUUAAAAUGAUGCAGCUGCAAAGAAUAUUCUACCGCUUCGUGUCAAGCGCGGGUUCGUUUCGAAAUGUUGUCCCCGUUACUUCACGCCGUUCGAUAAACUCUCUGUUCAAGAUAAUUACCACGGGAAGAUGGUCGAGGGAAACGUUGGUUCUUACACCUUUCACUACAAUGGGAAUUUUUGGCUUCAUUACGAGGAAAGAGGACGACAAGGACUUCAAGGUGACUUCGCAAGAAAUUCUACUCGCGAAGGCUGACGCGCUGUUCGAUCAGUCUGAAUAUAAACAAAUAUACGAGCUGCUGAAUCACUACAGGGACAGUGGGAACGUUGAAUUCUUAUGGCGGUUGUGCCGAGCGCUCUACAACAUGUCGAAAACGGCGUCGGAGGUAGAAGCAAAGAAGAUGAUAUACGAAGGUUACGAUCUGGCCGUUGCCGCGUUGGCGAUCGAUGAGAAUCAUCACGCGGUUCACAAAUGGAUGGCCAUAUUUCUCGACGCGAAGAGCGGCCAUGAGGGAAUGAAGGCGAGAAUAACGCAGUUGGCUACGGUCAAAAAUCACAUGCUGAGGGCGUCGGAACUCAACCCGAAGGACGCGACGACGCUGCACAUGCUCGGCAGCUGGUGUUACCAAAUUUCCGACCUCGCCUGGUACCAGAGGAAGAUUGCAGCUGCGGUUUUCGGGGAACCGCCAAAAUCUUCGUUCGAAGAAGCGUUGAGUUACUUCGAAGCCGCGGAGAAGAUGAGCCCCAAUUUUUACAGCCACAAUUUGCUGAUGCUAGGUAAGACUCACUUGAAAUUAAACAGACGUGAGGAGGCCGUCAAGUUUCUCAAGAUGGCUUCGGAGUAUGAAGCUCGCAACGACGACGACCAUGAAGCUAAAAAACAAGCCCUCAAGCUCCUCAACGACUUCGGAUUCAAGACUCCUUAACUUAUUCGCAACGCACUGACUGAAUGCGGCUAUUACUUCGACUGGGUUCAGGUGCUUUAGGCACUUUAUUCGUCCAACGAGUCGACGAAAACUCCAACAAAACGAGAAGAAUAAUCAAACUGUUUCGCUGCAUCUACGCUCCACUGUUAUUCUUGUAUGUAUACUAGACUAAUCCAACUAACUGUACUCGCGAUUAUGUAUUGUAAUUUAUAAGUAGGUAAUUAUGUGGACAUUCCUAAUGUAAGUUGCUUCUGUUUUU